AUGCUUCUACCAGAGCCCGCGCUUUGCAACGGGUUAAGAGAGAGAAAAGAAACAUCAGGCGUCAUCAAAUCUGCGGCUGCUCAUCCUAGCACAGCACACACGGCACAGAGAGAGGGGUAA